AUGGGCCCAACAAAAACAGCAAUCCGCACGUCACCUCAUCCCACUCACGAAGCGUGGAGACUGCUCUGCUGUUUCACCGGAGCUUAUUUCUUCAACAGAAAGAGAAAGAAAGGAGUGCUCUCAUUAGAAGGAGAGGAAGGAGGGAGCGAGAGGAGAGAUGAAGCCGACCAGGAGGAGAGUGAAGAGAAGGCUGACCUGUUGGUAGAGAUAGAGAAGGACAAAGGAAAGAAGAAGGCUGAUGACCUUUGGGCCAGUUUCCUCAGUGACAUGGGGCAGAAACCCAAAACUGCAGCUACAGGAGCCAGCCCGGACAGGUCCGGCAAGUCACAAGGAGAAACAAAGGAACCAGAGAAGCCGAAAGAAUCGUCAAAAGUCACCAUCACAAAAGUGUUUGAUUUUGCGGGAGAGGAGGUCCGGGUGACUAAGGAAGUGGACGCUGAUUCUAAAGAAGCCAAGUUCUUCCUGAAGAAACAGCAGGGGGAGGAGAUGGAGCAGCAGAGCCCCCACAGGCCAGAGUCAUUGGCAAAGCCCACAGCCUCCUCUGGGGGGAAGAGGCCGGUCGGCAUCAGCAGCAUCCCGAACCGGAUCAGAGGGAAGAAGCAGAAGAUGAGCACGCUGGAGAAAUCCAGGCUGGACUGGGACUCCUUCAGGAAUGAGGAGGGCAUCGGAGAAGAGCUGGCCACCCUCAACCGGGGCAAGGAGGGGUACGUGGAGAGGGAAGGUUUCCUGGAGCGGGUGGAUCAUCGGCGGUUUGAGCUAGAGAAAAGCCUCCAGCUCAGUAACAUGAAGCGAUGACAG